AGUUCAAAGGUCAAAUAGACAAUAGCGUUACAAUAGGGAAAAAGUCGGGUCAGGAUAAGUCCUGCUAUCCGCGGUUUGGUUUCGAGGUACUUGAGGUUGAAGGAAGAUGUGUCUCUUUGUAUUCUGCUUGCACACAGCUCAAAAGUGCAGCCCAAGCCCCUGGAAAUAACUGCCUGCAGUGCAGCAGUGAUGGCCAGCCCUCACGCAUCCUCCUUCAUCUGUCUGCCCUUCAGCUAUCAUGUGGAUGUGGUCACAGCUCAUACUGUCUAUUUCAGCUUCUGCAUUGUCAGUGCAGCACUGGGCAUCAUUGGAGCUGUGCUAUUCCUCACACAGAUCAUAAUGAGUGGCUCCCUCACCAAGUCUCUCAGUCUGGGUGGCUCCAACUCUCAACGAUGGAUCCUCAUUAUGCUAGCAGCCUCUGACUUGCUCGCUAAUGUUGGUGUCAUCACUCGCUCGUGCUUUUGGCUGAUAUACUGGAGACCGAGACAUUUGGACGAUGAAUAUGGAAGCUUUGGGGAGGAGCUACCUUGGGCCGUUGGGGCAACCAUUAUUGAGCACUGGGUAUUCUUCUGGUACAAUGCCACUUAUUUCUGGACCCUCUUUUUUGCUGUGGAUGUGUACAACACCAAACAUGGCGGCAAAUGGAAGCUUGGCUGCUCGCAUUUCUUCACCUGGUUCUUUUGUUUUUUGUACAUCACUGGCAGCUUGUGCUCACUGUGGACCUGUCCCCCUUAUCUGGAUUGUGCUGAGGAUUCGUUGUGCAUCAUCAGUCACUUCAUGUGCACACUGGGACCUCUCAUUAUCAUCAUGCUAGCACUGCCACUAUUCUACGUCUCCACUUGGAAACAGAUGAAUCGGAUUGCCAAUAUGCCCAGUAAUAUCUCGGUGGCUGAUGUCUGGAGGAAAGAGAAAGAGUUGUCGAGGAGGAAGAUACUCAGCAUCCUUCUAGUCUUCUACCUCUGCUGGUUAGUGAAUGUAUUGGACGGUAUUCUCCUCAUCACGGCCCACGCUACAGACUCUGGACCUGGCCACACCCGCUCUACUCUCUAUGGGUACAUCAACGACCCUGUCUACAUCUACAUUGUCUGGUUGUUAGAGGCAAUACUGAACCCUCUACAAGGACUGCUCAAUGCUAUAGCCUAUGGUGGAGUAUGCACCACAUUCUGCACCUGGGUACGCAACAAGUACUCGUCACCAGAGAACCUCUACGUGUCCAGUUGGAGUGGUGAGUACAUUGACGUCGACUUUCGAGUGAACAAGGGCAAGAUUCACCGAGCAAAGAGAGCCAAGGCUGUCUGAGACUCACUGACAAUAUUAUUUUUAAUGCUAUUUUGGAACUGUUUCGUUUGUGUUCAUUUCAUAUAAGUACAUAAUUAAAUUGCAGCUCAAUAAUGUUAUACAGUAUAAUUAUAUAGUGAAGAAGUACUAUU